AUGGCGGCGCCGGAGCCCGUGUCCAAGACGGCCGCGGCGGCGCUCUGCUCGACGCCGGCGUUCGCCAGGGAGAUGGUCGCCGGCGGCGUCGCGGGCGUGGUGGCCAAGACGGCCGUGGCCCCUCUCGACCGGGUGAUGCUCAUGAGGCAGGUCGGCGUGGCGCCAGGGGACGCCGGCGCCGUGCAGAUGCUGCGCGACAUCGGCCGCCGCGAGGGCCUGGCGGGGCUCUACCGCGGCAAUGGCACCAACGCGCUGCGCGGGUUCCAGAACAAGGCGCUCUACUUCAUGUUGUACGAGCGGUACAGGCGAUUCCUCCUCGGCGCCGCCGGCCCGUCGCUCGGCGGAGGGCCGGUGGUCGACCUCCUCGCCGGGUCGGCCGCCGGCGGCACCGCGAUGCUCGUCACCUACCCGCUCGACCUCGCGCGCACCAGGCUCGCCUGCCAAGGGGCGGCCGGUGGCAUGUCCGGCGUGCUCCGGAGCGCCUACGCGGAAGGCGGCAGCGUGCGCGGGCUGUACCGCGGCGUGUGCCCGUCGCUGGCGCGCGUGCUCCCGGCGUCGGGGCUCAACCUGUGCGCGUACGAGGCGCUGACGGCGCGGCUCCCCCACGAGGAGCCGGGGCGGCGGGAGGCGGCGAAGGUGGCGUGCGGCAUCGCGGCGGGGCUGGUCGCGAGCACGGCGACGUACCCGCUGGACGUGGUGCGGCGGCAGAUACAGCUUCGCGGCGGCGGCGGCGGGACGCUGCAGACCUUCCGCGCCAUCGUACAGGCGCAGGGCGCGCGGCGGCUGUACUCCGGCCUCGGGAUCACGUACGUGAAGAGGGCGCCGUCGGUGGCCGUCUCGCUGGUGGCGUACGACCACAUGAAGGCGCUGCUCAAGCUGCCGCCGAGGGAUCACAAGCCCACCGGUGGGAAGUAG